AUGCUGACCAGACUUUUUCGUAUCCAUGGCCUAUUUGUGGCCUCCCACCCCUGGGAGGUGAUUGUGGCAACAGUGACCCUCACCAUCUGCAUGAUGUCUAUGAACAUGUUCACCGGCAAUGACCAGAUUUGUGGCUGGAACUUUGACUGCCCCAAAUUUGAAGAGCAAGUCCUCAGCAGUGACAUCAUCAUUCUGACCAUCACACGAUGCAUAGCCAUCAUCUACAUUUACUUCCAGUUCCAAAAUCUUCGACAGCUCGGAUCAAAAUAUAUAUUGGGUAUUGCCGGACUUUUUACAAUCUUCUCCAGUUUUGUCUUCAGCACUGUUGUGAUUCAUUUCCUGGAUAAGGAGCUCACAGGUUUAAAUGAGGCAUUGCCUUUCUUCCUGCUGCUGAUUGAUCUCUCGAAAGCCUGUGCUCUGGCCAAAUUUGCUCUAAGUUCAAACUCCCAGGAUGAGGUGAGAGAAAACAUCGCCAGAGGAAUGGCUGUACUUGGUCCUACGUUCACCCUGGAUGCCCUGGUGGAGUGCCUAGUAAUUGGCGUAGGCACCAUGUCAGGUGUUCGCCAGCUUGAGAUCAUGUGCUGCUUUGGAUGCAUGUCUGUACUGGCCAACUACUUUGUUUUCAUGACUUUCUUCCCGGCCUGUGUCUCACUGGUGCUUGAAUUGUCCAGGGAGAGUCGAGAAGGACAUCCUAUCUGGCAACUGAGCCACUUUGCUCGUGUGCUGGAGGAAGAGGAGGACAACAAGCCCAACCCAGUGACCCAGAGAGUCAAGAUGAUCAUGUCUCUGGGCUUGGUAAUGGUCCAUGCUCAUAGCCGAUGGAUCGCUGACCCUGCAUCUCCAAAUGGAACCCUUGACGUGCCCCAAGUUGGAAUAAGCCUGAGUUACCAUACCCCAAAAAGGAUUGAUCCAGAUAUGCCACUAUGGCAAUUCUACCUGUCUAGAAUGAUCAGUAUGGACAUCGAGCAGGUCAUCACUCUGGGUCUUGCCCUCUUCCUGGCUGUAAAGUACAUCUUCUUUGAGCAGGUGGAGAUGGAGUCAACAUUGUCACUUAAAGUCCCCAACCCUAGCUCCAUGCUCACACAGAAGUGGUCUCCAGAACAAUGCUGCAGGAAGGAGAUUGCUCUCCGCCCCAGCAAGGCCGAGAAGCCCCCAACUCUCCCUCCAGUCAUCACCAAAGAAGAAAGAGAUUUAGUGAUAAAGCCCCUGCCCACCAUCACAGAACCAGCCCCUAAAAGCACAUUUGUGGUGGGAGAAGAGGAAAGCCUGGACAGUGCCGCAGUGGAGCAGCCUCAACCCAACAUCCCCUCAAAGCCUCGGCCAGUGGAUGAGUGUCUCACCAUCCUGAAAAAUCUUGAGAUGGGUGCUCGAUACCUGAGUGAUGCUGAGGUUAUUAUAUUAGUGAAUGCAAAGCACAUUCCUGGCUACAAGUUGGAGGCCAUGAUGGAGAGCCCAGAAAGAGGGGUGAUGAUCCGCAGAAAGAUGUUGUGCCAAAAACUCCCUAAUCCUUCUGCACUCACCUGCCUUCCUUAUAAAGACUAUGACUACUCACAGGUGAUGGGAACUUGCUGUGAGAACGUCAUUGGUUACAUGCCGGUUCCAGUGGGUGUCGCAGGGCCUCUGCUGUUGGAUGGAAAGCAAUUCCAGGUCCCCAUGGCUACAACCGAGGGCUGUCUGGUGGCCAGCACCAACCGAGGCUGCAGAGCUAUAGCUCUGGGUGGUGGAGCCAGCAGCAGGGUUUUGGCUGAUGGUAUGACCCGUGGCCCUGUGGUUCGACUGCCCUCUGCCUGCCAGGCUGCUGAGGUCAAGGCCUGGCUGGAGAGUCCUGAGGGAUUUAAGUGCAUUAAAGAGGCCUUUGACCACACCAGCAGGUUUGCUCGUUUGGAGAAGCUCCUGGUUGGCCUUGCUUCACGCAAUCUAUAUAUCCGCUUCCAGUCCAGAACUGGAGAUGCCAUGGGAAUGAACAUGAUCUCAAAGGGCACAGAACAGGCUCUGGCAAGGCUAAAAGAAGAAUUCCCAGAGCUGCAGGUCCUGGCAGUCAGUGGGAACUAUUGCACUGACAAAAAACCUGCUGCCAUUAACUGGAUUGAGGGUAGGGGCAAGUCUGUGGUCUGUGAGGCCACCAUACCUGCCAAAGUAGUCAAAGAGAUCUUGAAGACAAGCACAGAAGCUUUGGUGGAUGUGAACAUCAAUAAGAACCUGGUAGGCUCCGCCAUGGCGGGAAGUAUUGGGGGUUACAACGCUCAUGCUGCAAACUUAGUGGCUGCCAUUUACAUCGCGUGCGGACAGGAUCCCGCUCAGACAGUGGGCAGCUCUAAUUGCAUCACUUUGAUGGAAGCAUCAGGCCCCACAGGAGAGGAUCUUUACAUUAGCUGUACCAUGCCCUCUAUAGAGCUGGGCACAGUGGGAGGGGGCACCAAUCUUGCACCUCAGCAAGCCUGUCUUCAGAUGUUAGGCGUGCAGGGCGCCAGUGAGGCGCACCCAGGUGAGAACGCCCGGCAGCUUGCCAGGGUAGUGUGUGCCACAGUGCUGGCAGGGGAGCUGUCACUCAUGGCUGCCCUCGCUGCCGGACAUCUGGUGAAAAGCCACAUGACGCACAAUAGGUCAAAAUUAAAUUUGCAGGAAACACCAGGAACCCGCACAAAACAAGCUUCAUGAAACCCAAUCAGAUGCUGGUGGGAGGCUAAAAUGUGGGAGACAACUGAAAAGGAAGGAGACUCCAGGAAUAUUGCAUUACAUUUGCUGAAGAGGACUUUACUGAAGAUGGACUACAGAACUGGUUCCCAUUCCAGCAGGAUACAGCUUUCAUUGUCAUUUGCAGAGUGCCGAUCCUGAGUCAUCUCAAAAGACUGCUGAAGUUACUACUGUUGUAGUACACUGUUCUGACAUUUUACUUACAUAUCUCAGAACUAAUGCUCAUUGCCUUCAGUGCUUGUUGGAUGCACGCACAUCAUAGUAAUUUAUUUUUUUCACAGUUCACUCUGAAAAAUAGGGGCAUAUAUUUGUUAGUAUGUCAGCUUGAUGGAAUAAAGACUGAACAGAGACAAUUUAGAAAACAUGGAACAGCAACAGCACCACAUAGAGGAGCUGAAAAGCAAUGAUUCUCUAGAUUUUUUGGGGUAGAAUGAUAAUUACUGUAUAAUUGCCAAAUGCAGCCUUCUGCAGUGUUUUUAUUAUGUUUCUAUGAAUGUACAUUAGUUUGAUUAGAUGGGAGCUAAACGGAUAUAUAUAUUUGAUAAAAUGAUAUGUGCUAGAUUUCUUGAAGGGAAGAUUGCAAAGGUGCAACUGUUUCACAAAGGUGCUAUAAUACUCUUUAUGACCUGUCAUUCACAAGUCAGUUGUUGCUGUGCUUGCUUUUGUAUGUGCAAGUACAUGCACACUGUGUAUAUACAAUAUACACUACCUUCUGUGUUUCUAUCACACCUCAACGUUUAGCACUUAAUGGUUUUGCUUUGUGCACAUAUGGAACUAAUUGUGAAAUCAGCGCCUACCUUUGUUCACAAGGUCUCUUUUCAAAUGUCCCAUUACAAAGAGAGCUGGCUAUGUUUUCCAAAGGUAAGAAAUUAGUACAAAACUGUAUAUGAAAUGGUUUUGUAUAUUUUUGUAAUAAAAAUAAAGGGCAUGUGUGAUUCAUUAAUUA